UUCAUCGACAAUCCUGAUGGUGGAAAACCCAUAAUUGCUGGUAUGAACGUUCUGGGUAUUAAUGCUAAAGGUCAGAAAGAUGUCAUGGCCGAUUUCCAGUUUAAAUCAGAGAAGCUCAAAUGUACAUACGAAAUCAUGGGUAGUGCAACGAAGAUGGCGUACGAAUGUUACGGAGUUGACAAGUAUCUAUAUGCUUAUGGACUUAGCGUAGACCCCGUUUAUCGAGGGUAUGGAUUAGGCAAGGAUAUUCUGAAAAUCAGGUAUGACUUGUAUAAAGACGUUAGUUCGCAAAUAAAAAUUGAAGUUACAUUUAUUUAUAAGUUAUUAAUAAAAAAAUGGAUGAAACAUGAUGUUAUUGAUUCUUUGCUCUAUCUCACAGUCCAAAUUCUUUAAAAAGAUAAAUCUUUCCAGAGCAAAGUAGAGCUAUUCUAUUUCUUUAGUAAUAAAUCUUAUAUCCGAAUGAUGCAGAUAAUCUCUCGUCCUUGAGCUUUCUUAAUUUGUUCGAAUAUAAUUAU